AUGGGGGCUCGGAGGAGUUGUGGGAACGAGAGUAGUAUGUGGACCUCGACAGCAAACUGCAUUAGGGAAGCUGCUAGAGCGGUGUUAGGGAUCACGAGGGGUUUCUCCAGGGGCCACAACAGUAACUGGUGGUGGAAUGAAAAGGCCCAAGGUAAAGUAGAAGCCACGAAAGCGGCGUAUAUGAAACUAGUGGAGAACGUCGACAAGGAGGAGGGGAAGACGCUUAGGGUGUGUUACAAGAAGGCUAAGAAAGAGGCAAAGUUAGCGGUCACGGCGGCUAAGACCGCAGCAUUUGAAUGCCUGCAUGCGGAACUUGGGGGUAGAGGCGAUGACAAGAGACUGUUCAGGUUAGAUACAGUUCGAGAAAAGAAGGCUCGGGACCUGGACCAAGUGAGGUGCAUCAAAGACGAGGAUAGUAAAGUAUUGGUGGAAGAGGCAUGCAUUAGGCGCAUGUGGCAGUCAUACUUCCACAAACUCUUGAACGAGGAUGAGGACAAGAACAUUGUUCUAGGCGAGUUGGAGAAAUCAGAGAACCAGCGUGAUUUUAGGUUUUGUAGGCGUAUUAAGGUUGAGGAAGUUAAUGAGGUAAUGCGGAAGAUGAGUAGAGGCAGAGUGACUAGGCCAAACGAGAUAUCGGUAGAAUUAUGGAAGGCCGUAGGACGGGUAGGCUUGGAGAGGCUUACUGGACUAUUUAAUAUCAUUUUUAGGACUAAGAAGAAGCCCAAAGAAUGGAGGUGGAGCUUUAUGGUCCCGUUGUACAAGUACAGGGGUGAUAUCCAAAUUGUAACACCUACAAGGAUAUUAUGA